AUGGCUUCUGUCACUCACCCACCAACUACCACACUCAACACCGACCACAUCACAUUCUCCGAAACCUUUCGCCCCACAAAGUCUCAUCCUUUCGCCCAGGUUUCACUUCCCACCAGAAAAAACCACUUCUCUCCUCUUAACCACUCCAUCGUUAUUUCUGGUUCCGCCCUAGGAAUCACCGCCACUAACAACGUUAAUAAUGUUUCAAACAACACUGCAAGACCCUCGCUUGCCGAUUUUUGGAGAGAGGUUCAAGGGUGCAACAACUGGGAAAACCUUUUAGACCCCUUGCACCCUCUUCUCCGCCAGGAGAUCAUUCGCUAUGGCGAGUUUGUAACCGCUUCUUACAAAGCCUUUGACCUCGACCCAACUUCCAAACGCUACUUGAACUGCAAGUACGGCAAGAAGAGAAUGUUGACUGAGGUGGGAAUGUCCAACUCCGGCUAUGAAGUCACCAAGUACAUCUACGCCACACCCGACAUAAACCUUCCCAACAUGUCCAACUCUUCUUCUUUUUCCUCGUCCUCUGGUCGGUGGAUUGGUUACGUGGCCGUGUCGUCAGAUGAAGCAGUGAAGAGACUUGGACGGAGAGACAUACUGAUAACUUUUCGAGGAACUGUUACAAAUCAAGAAUGGAUUUCAAACCUGAUGAGCUCCUUGAGUCCCGCCAUGCUUGAUCCUUAUAAUCCUCAACCUGAAGUGAAGGUGGAGUCAGGGUUUCUCUCUCUUUACACCUCUGAUGAAAGCUCUUCCAAGUUUGGACUGGAGAGUUGCAGGGAACAGCUUCUCUCGGAGGUGUCAAGGUUGAUGAACAAGUACAGAGGGGAGAACGAGAGCCUCAGCAUAUCGUUGGCCGGUCACAGCAUGGGGAGUGCCUUGGCCAUAUUGCUCGCCUAUGACAUAGCCGAGCUUGGAUUGAACAAAAAAAAAGGUAAAAAAAGAAGCACCAGCGAGGUGCCAGUGACUGUGUUCUCCUUCGGGGGACCGAGAGUUGGUAACUCCGAAUUCAAAAACCGAUGCGAGGAGUUGGGUGUGAAGGUGCUAAGAAUAGCGAACGUGAACGACCCCAUCACGAAACUACCGGGUGUGGUGUUCAACGAGAAUUUUAGGGUUUUGUUGGGAGGAAGGUACGAGUUCCCUCGGAGUUGCUCCUGUUAUGCUCAUGUGGGGGUUGAACUAAUGCUUGACUUCUUCAACGUCCAAAACCCUUCUUGCGUUCAUGAUUUAGACACUUAUAUCGGCCUUCUUAGGCGUCCUAAGAACGAUGAAGUGCUAAAUCAACAAUGGGAUGGAGUGAUGAACUCGUUCUUGGAGAAGGCAAGAGAGUUAAUCUCUAGCUCGCAAACCAUGAAAAUUUUACCCCAUGUGGUAACUGCAUGUAACUAUCAUGAUCUUCUGAAUUCAUUCUCAAGAGACAUAGUAUGUUCUUGGAGCGAUGAGUUGCUUUUUGGCCUGGUUCUUUUGUUGUUGUAA